AUUCAUGCUAAAGUGAACGUUACAUACUUCAAAAUAAACCUCUCUUAACAUUUCAAAGAUAAUAACCAAAAUGUGUAUAGCCAAAAGUUUCUGUUUAUGGCUUCUACAAAUUGUAGGCCUCUUAGGUCUCCUUGCUCUUUGUUUAUGGCUAAUUAUGCGUCCAAAAGAUCCUAUCUUCACCAUUGUAGAGUUCUCUGUCCCAUCAAUAUCUAGCCAGAAUUCUUCUGCAGCUGGGGAUGCGUAUAACGAUGACACCCUCAGUUUUACCCUCGAAAUUAGCAAUCCAAACAAGGACUCCAGAAUCUACUAUAAUGACAUUGUUUUGAUCUUUUAUUUUGGGCAGGAUACAGUGGGGAAGAAAAAUAUUUCAUCUUUCCAUCAAGAAAAGGGUAAAAAUUUUCAAGAAAGGAACCAUGUGGAUGCUGAGGAUCAGAAGGUAAAGAGAGCUCUUGCGGAAGCAAUUUCAAAUGGGCAUGCAGAAUUGAAGGUUGAGUUAUCAACUGUGAUUCAAUAUAAAACUUGGGGAAUUAGGAGUAAGCACCAUGGAGUGAACAAGCAAGCUACUAUUCCAGUUGGUUCAGAUGGGAAGAUAUCUGGUAAGAAGAAGAAGAUUAAACUUCAUAACGCAUCCAAGAUAUUCAAUUUAAGGAAUAAAAAAUUUCUUUGAGAUAUUUGCUUAAUAGGACUAAUGAAGAAUCAAUCACGAACUCCUUUCUUUUUUUUUUUUUUUGGAAUGAAACAAAAAAAUUCACACCAUGCUAGUUAUAGAGGUUUGUGUAAUAAUAUGUUCGGUUAAUGAAACACAUUUGAUACGAAA